UCUCGGCUGAUCCCGACGGUGUGUCUCGUUUCGCUUUGCUGUUUUUUUUUUCUUCGCCUCCGCGUUACAAUCUCACGCUAGUACCGUUGGAGUCUCACCUCGCGCAGCGAUUUCCCGAGAAAUCUCGAAACUAUAAGUUCGGAGUUUGCGAAUUUGUCAAAUCGCGAAGAUUUGUUGACAACGACGGAUAAAGAAGAAACAUACACGUAUUUAAAGAACGAUCCAACAGCGAUAGUCCAGUAUGAUAUGCGCUACGGAGAAGAAGCGAAACCUUGGACGAAGUGCGCCUGUGCGACAAGAGUACCCGCGGUUUUGCCGCCCGCUUUAAUUGUUGCGCUACUACUUAUCUUUCGCCAGCUUGCACCUUCGUGUUCGUAGAUUGUAUCUGCAUGGUACAAAAAAAAGAAAAAGGUUAUUCGAAGGACGAAAAAGUAUUCAGUGAGGUAUACGCACGUAUCUUGCUUCCAAAAGAAUAAAGCGGAAAAAAGACGCGCAAGGAGAUACGAGAAAGCGUGCAAGAAAAGUGGAAAAGAGGAAAGGAUUGUUCAUUUCCGGAGGCGGAGACUUCCUGCCGCGUUUUUCCCUUCCCUCUCUUUAAUUCCCUCCUGCUCCCAUUGCUCGUAUUGCGUACGUGAAAUGCCCUCGCAACGUGAGUGUACUGCGAAGCACACGUAACGAAGUUAAGCGGCGCCACGAUAAAACGCUUAUACUCGAUGCAUGUGUGAUUCCACCUAAGGUGCUGUGAACAAAUUACGCGAGAAUUCCACACGCGAGAUACAAACAGAGUAGAGGGAUUCUUCUCGAUCAAGAGUGCGCCGCGCCGAGCCGCAUCGGCGAAUUUCGCGUGAUUACUAGAUACAGUGUUGCUCGCGUGUGACGAGAGCCAGUGGACCCUCACGCGAGCACCGUCAAUUUAUCCAAAGCCUUCAUUAUACGAAACAGCCAGGGAGAGCCAGCGAAAAGGGAGAAAGAGAGACAGGAAAAUAGAGUCAUCUGGAUAUCUGGAUGGCGAUACAAAGGAUUUACAAUUAUGCAUAUAAAGUAAUGGAUAAAAAUUAUCGCCGUUAUCUCAUUUGAACGAAACCAGAUUCGUUCGAAUCUAUUUCUUCGAUCUCAAUAAGAAAUCCGAUCACAAUCAUUGUGACAAGGAGACAGGAGAUCGGUUUUUAAUCCAUUAAUAUCAAAAAAUUCUGUGAGCGGUAUGGGCAAGGUCAAAAAGAGUCCAUCUCCGUUAAGAGAGGCAAAAAUUCCUAAAACGAUGACUGGGCGGAAAGUCCCAAAAUGCGGGCGAUGCUAUAUUCAUGGAGUGGUAAUUUUGCUCAGUGGACAUAAAAAGUAUUGCCAAUUUCAAAACUGCGAAUGUCCACGUUGUUAUAUUUUUCUGGCGGAACAGAGAUUAGCGGCAGACAAAAUAGCUCAGAAACGAGCGUAUGAGUUGAGUAAAUUGAAAAAAAUUAGUCAUUUAGAGCGCGAGGUAUCACCGACAACUUUAUUUUAUCCGACCAUGAAAGAAAAUGGUCUCUCGAAUUUACUAAUAUACACAUUGCAUGAGAUGUACAAAUCUUUCACAGUGUGGCGUAAUCCCUCAAAGAUAGAGCGAAUCUUACGCAUUCUCAUCAAGUAUGCCUGUGAAAUAGACUCGAGGAUCAAAUUUAAUGGUUUUUUGGAAUCUGCUAAAAAGUGGAUUCUUCAAGUCAUUUAUGAAGAAGAUCCAAUGUCAUUCAUGACAUUCCAACAAGCGACAUGCUGUUAUGUCCCGCCAACAAACGUCUUGAACACUCCGUACAAGGAACAGCUUAUUGGAAUAAGCUCACAGUAUCCAUUUCAAAAUUUGGAUUACGCAUCCCAAAAUUUGCCAAUUUGGUCCUCUAAUUUCUUAUCAAUGACAGCGACAAAUACGUCUCUUGAAACACUUAAAUCUCCUUCUGAACUAUCUACUGAAUCUUUUAAUGAUCCUUUUAUUAAUUCUCCUACUGAACCUUCUACUGAUCCUCCUAAGGAAUCUCCUCCUAAUUCUCCUACUGAUCUUUCUGUUAAAUCUUCUACAUACUGUUGAUCGACCGCUAACAAUCAUUGAAGUAAAUCGACGAG